CUCCCCAUUUCUCAAAUUGUGCAUCCAGUAGACAAUGGGCAUUCGUGUGACAGACAUGGUCAUUCAUGCUAGGCAAAUUAUCCGGAGACAUAAAAGCAGGUCUCAUUCCGUCUCAUCUUAUUCAGAACCAACAUCAACGGCAGCAUUGGAUGUUCCGAAAGGCUAUUUUGCGGUUUAUGUCGGAGAGGAAGACAAGAAGCAGAAGCGGUUUGUGAUUCCGAUAUCCUACUUGAACCACCCUUUGUUCCAAGACUUGUUGAAUCAGGCUGCAGAAGAAUUCGGUUUUGAUCCUCCAACGGGUAACGGCGGACUUAGAAUACCUUGCAGUGAAAGCCACUUUCUUGAUCUCACUUUCUGUUUAAAUAGAUAAA